AUGGCACAGCAACAGAGCCUUGCGAAGGAUCUCUUCGAGGAUAUGGGCCGCAAGGUCGCCGAGGCGAGCGCCCAGGGAGACAACGACGACACAAAGGUUGUCGACGAGAUCGAAAGCAUGUGCAUGAACUGUCACGAAGAUGGUACUACGCGCCUCCUCCUCACAAGAAUCCCCUUCUUCCGCGAGAUCGUCCUCAUGUCCUUCUCAUGCCCGCAUUGCCACUUCAAGAACUCCGAGGUUCAACCCGCCGGCGAGAUCCAGCAACGAGGCAUCAAGUUCUCUCUCAAAGUCGAAACGGCCGACGAUCUGAGCCGUCAGAUUAUCAAGAGCGACACCGCAGUGUUCCGAAUUGAGGACAUCGAUCUAGAGAUACCACAAGGGCGCGGACAACUGACGAAUGUGGAAGGCAUACUCGCAAUGGUAGCACAAGACCUGGAGCAGAAGCAGGAGGAGAGGAAGGCGGUGGUGCCAGAGGUGUACGAGCAGCUACAGGGAGUCAUCACCACGAUUAAGCAGAUGGCCACCGGAGAGAAGCUGCCGUUCAAGAUCACAAUCGACGACCCUGCCGGCAACUCGUCAAUCGAACCUCCCAGUGUACUUGGCGCAGGAAAAUACUCUCGCAACGAAUACCCACGAACGGCGGCGCAAAACGAAGCGCUCGGUCUGGGCGACACCAGCGGAGACGCCAGCGGUGAAGCGCCCGCCACAGAAAUCCGACCAGAGUACCACGCUUCGCAAAUGUAUCCAGAGAUGCCAUCCUCUCACGCCCCAAUGGUGAACAACGUGGAUGAGGACGACAUUGUGGAGAACCAGGUCUAUUCCUUCCCUGCCAGCUGCCCGGGAUGCACCAAGUCGUGCACCACAAACAUGAAGAUGGUCAACAUUCCCCACUUCAAGCAGGUGGUCCUGAUGAGCACAGUAUGCGAUCACUGCGGAUACCGAAGUAACGAGGUCAAAACCGGAGGCGAAGUUCCUGAGCUGGGUCGUCGUAUCACAGUCACCGUUGACAGCAAGGAAGACCUGUCGCGAGAUAUCCUCAAGGCCGAAUCAUGCGCCAUGUCCUGUCUCGAGCUCAACCUCAGCGUUGAACCCGGUACUCUUGGUGGCAGGUUCACCACGAUCGAAGGUCUACUGACCCAAGUACGCGAUGACUUGAAAUCUUCCAUCUUCGACGCUGGCGGUGGAGGAGACUCAAUGGACUCAGAGUCCAAGCAGAAGUGGAACACCUUCUUCCACAACCUCUCUGCAGCCAUCAACGGCGAAGACAAGUUCACUCUCGUUCUCGAAGACCCUCUCGCCAGCAGCUACGUCCAGAGCUUCACGGCACCGGAGCCCGACCCAAAGAUCAAGGUCGAGGACUACAAGAGGACAGAGGCGGAGGAGGAGGAACUUGGGUUGCUCGACAUGAAGACGGAGGGCUACGAGGAGGAGCAUGCGGCUAGCAUGGCAGCGAACGGGACAACGACCAAUGGCGCGUAG